ACAAAAGCAGUGUUAAUUGAUUAUAAAAACCACAUCAUCUCAUUGUUAACACUUAAUAAAACUUAAAAAUUAAUUAUAUCUCCAUUGUUUUUUUUAACCUUAUUCGUCAAUGACCCAAACAAUGUUCAUCAACCAUUGUUACCCACACAAAGGCAAAAUACUUUAACUAUAAAUACUUUUAUAGGUUAUAAUGAAAUAAGAUUUUAAUGUAAAUAUAAGUACAUGUUGAAUAUCAUUUUGAAUUAUUUAAAUGUAGUUUCACAAUAAAUUCUAUGGAAUUCAUAUCUAUAAAAACCAUAUGUAGGGUUUUACAGUCAUUUUAACUUUUUUUUUAUUAAAUCAAAUAGAAUUUUUAACUCUAUUUGGUAAUGUAAUUUUAUCCAAUCAACAGAUGUUUUACUGUUGCAGCCCCCCCCCCAUUUAUGUUAUAAUGUUUUAACAAUAUAGGCAGGCUCAACAGCAAAAAGUUUUAGAUAUAUAUGCUUUUAGGAUCUAACAGACUGAAACAGAACAGAACAGUGUAUGGGAUUGGGAACAACAUUUAGGCAAUCCUUUUGGUUACCUCUUCAUUUUAUUUUGUACUGUCUACUCCCAAAAUAUUGAGGGAGCAUCUCAUUAUAAUGCAGACCUCCUUACACUCCUCUGCUGCUUGGAAUUUUCUGUAGACCAAUCCCUGUCCCCUGUUUGAGUGAAGUGUGUGUGUGUGUGUGUGUGUGUGUGUGUGUGUGUGUGUGUGUGCUCCCCUGUUCCUCUCCUGUGUAUCAGUACUGUACUGAAAGAACUUUCACAAGGCUGAAGGGCUCUGGAGUAGCAUGUCUGUACCACACCAGGAGACAAGAAUGGAGGUACUUCACUGUGAGGGUGUGAAUAAUAAAAGCUAUGUGUGUGAGACUGGACACUGUUGUGGAGAGUCCCAGUGCUGUAGCUACUACUAUGAACUAUGGUGGUUCUGGCUGGUGUGGGCCAUCAUCUUCAUCUUGAGCUGCUGCUGUGUGUGUCAUCACCGUCGCACAAAACACAGACUGCAACAGCAACAACGACAGCACGAGAUCAACCUCAUUGCCUACAGAGAGGUUCACAACAACACCUCUCUUCCCUUCUACUUCAGAUUCCUACCCAACUAUCUCCUUCCAGAAUAUGAGGAGGUAGUGCAUCGGCCUGCUACGCCCCCUCCCCCAUAUAGUGCCUUAACCACCGGACCUCCAGCCUACACCUGCCCCUUAACCACUGACCAGCAGGAUGCUCACUGCCCACCCAGACAGAUCACUCCAGUGCCCCCUGCAUCUGACACGCUCUGUUCCAGACCCAGCCUAGAAGAGGUCCAUACCUCCAACGGGUACCACCAGAAAGACGACAGCAAGAGCGAGAUAGAGUUAGAGCGAAGCAGGUCCACAGAGAGUGCCCUACCCUUAGAGCAGCCUCCCAGUGUGGACAAACAGAACGAGUGCAGGAAGGAGAUACUCAGGAAUGUGGCAUUGCCUGACGAGAAAGAGAGGAUUCUGGGAAGGCACCGCAGAUUUACAGGGGACUCCGGGAUUGAGGUGUGUGUUUGUGGACGAGGCUUGAAAAGCCAUGAACCCAAAGAAUUCGAGGGGCUUUUGAGUGAGGAGGACCAAGAGGACUCUGAAGAUUUCUGUGAGGAAUGUGGCCUCAAUUCCUUUGGAGAGGAAAAUCAGGGACUGCUAUCCCCAGAAAGCAGAGUGGAGUGUGGAGCAUCGCCACUGGCCCAAUCUCAACCUCAUCCGGUUUGCCUCUACUUGCAUACUAUUAAUGAGCAAGAGGGUCCACACCAUAGCAGCACAGAAUCUUAAAGCUAAGUACAUAACCUGACUAGUAAUAAAAGAGUGAGAAGGUGAAAGAAAAAGUGAGAGGAUAACUGAUAUAUAGGGAAGCUGCAGUAUGCAGUGGAGGAGCAUCCUGAUGGAAGUGUGUGAUUGAAACAUUUAGAUGUUCUUCACAUCUUUGUUUUAUGUACAGAGCAUCUACUUAUGCAGUUGAAAGCCCAAAUGUGUACAAGGAUGGCCCUACACCUCCAUGGGACGAUGUACCCUAUGUGCUGCUUUAAUGGCACAUUUAAGUCCUCCUGUGAGAUGCAUAUUUAUAAACUGAGAAGUCGUAAUGACUAUGGCAGUGUGUUUAAAACUUCAUGAUCAUAAAUAUGAUCUUUCAGACAUGACUUGUAGGCACAAUAAGACACAUCCAUCAUGUAAAGAUGUGGUCACAUUUACAGUUGCUCGGUGAAAUUUAAUUUCAGUAGCAAUCUGUGUCAUCAGAAGUUUUGGGUAAGGGUGGAAAAGUUCCCCACAACAGAUUCUACUUUUAUUCAAGUUGGUCGCGUGAAUUUGCUGUGAUCUUCAGCAGAAAGCUGCUUGGUUUUAAAGUUUUUUUCUGUGUUUGCUGUGCUUUGUACAUCGCUACACUAUUGACAAUGGAGCUGAAAUGAACUUUCGCUGAAAUUUUGCUAAUGUGACCACCUGUGCAGUCUUAAGAUUGAGACGCUAAAUAUGUAAACACUGGUGUGAUGAACUGUCAGUGUUUCAGGACAGUCAGAGAGAAAUGUAAAAACUGACUGAACAAAAAACAAACAAACAAACAAAAAAAAGACGUGCUUUUAAGGCCACAGAUCCCUGUCGACUUUCCCUAAUGUAAUGGGACAAAUCUUAAUGGUGUUUAUUCCGUUUUUGUUUUGCACAAUCACAUUCUUCUGAAUGAAUCGUAUUCAUGAUAAUUAAUUUUAAAUACAGAGUAUUUACAUAUCUACAGUCUUAAUUCACAUUUCAUCUGUUUAUAUUGUCUUUCUUUUGUUUUUGCUGCUGUAAGCUCUGAUUAAUGUGUAUUCAGAACAAGUUUGAUUCAUAAAUAUAAGUUUUCAUAGCCAACAUAGGCUAUACAGAUGACAUGGGACAAAUGUUAGCAUUAAAGGUCCCGUUUUUCGUGGUUUUUUGAAGCUUUGAUUGUGUUUAUAGUGUGCAAUAUAACAUGUGUUCAUGUUUCGCGUGUAAAAAAACACAGUAUUUUUCACAUAAUUUACUUAUCCGUA